AACUACGUGUCGUGUUGACGUCUCAACUGCUAGGUCUCAGAGAAAGUGAUGGCUAAGCGUUCACUAGACUUCAACGAACCACAAAGCACUCCAAAGAAAAAGUCGAAGGAAGCUACAGAACAACUGAUGCCACUCUCCCCUACACAUAUUACAUCACCAGAUCGUGAUGCAACAAUCAAUGGCAUAAUUGCAUGUUUAUCACCAGUUCGACCAUCGAAAUACUUCGACGGAGAACUUACGGAUGGAAAUACCAUUAUACGUUUUGUUGGCUUCCGCAAAGAGCAGAGACGACGUCUUCACUCCUAUUGCGAACAAAAACAACCGAUCACAUUAAAAAAUUGUCAAGUUCAGUUAAACAAAUUCAAUCACCAGCUGGAAAUCCUGCUUAAAAAUGAUACCCAAAUUGAAUCAUCAACAAUGCAAUUCUCUGUACCAGACAUGAAGACUGUUGGCAGCCAGGAAAUACAACUCAAUGAACUUUCAGAACAGGAUGAGUAUGAUAAGGUCACCAUCAAGGCACAGGUCAUUAAAGUCAAUGAGCCUCAAAAAUUUGGUCCAGGAAAGCUAAAGCAGGAAGUCAUUAUAGCUGAUUCAACAGCCACUGCUAAGCUUAUGCUAUGGGAAUCAGAUGUAAACAUGCUACUUGAGACCAAAUCUUACCAAAUGAGCAAAUUAGUCGUAAGAUCGUAUCUAGGAGAAAAAAACUUAUCAGUUCCAUCUACUGGCUCUACAAUUGAAGAAACAGACGACCUGGAAAAUGUAAUUGCACAACCCGAAUCU